CUUCAUUGAUCUACUGGAACGAUGUCAAUGCAACAAAAUUCGAUGCUUUUCUUCUGCAAUUGUUGUAUGAUCGAAGCGAAAUUGUUCCAAGACGCAACACCGAACAGUGGACCACCACGUCAGGUGCAUAAAUGGUUUUGGACAAACUGUCAACACAUUUUAUGCUAUCGUUGUCGAACAAAUAGAGGUGAAAUAUGUGCCUGUUGUAAAAAAAACGCCAAAUUCAUGGAAAUAUCACGAAAAAUGCCGAAAAUCCAUCAACUCUUUUUCGAGAAGACGUCAACGAUAAAAAAUAGUUUGGUUUCGGUGGCCAAAUUUGGUAAAAAUCAAAAUUCGUUGAUUUCAGUGCAUAUCCGGGCUAGAUUUUUGGAUAUACGACGAAGAAAUACUGAGGCAAUUGACACAAUGAAAAAAUUUAAUGCAAUGAAGAAAAUAUACCACAAAACUCGUAUCAUUCACAGAAUAAUUGCCGAAUAUAUAAAACAGCGUCGAGAGAUUAAGGAGCAACGAAACAACAGUCGAGUGAAGCCACCGCCACGCCACAGUCAUCCAAAUCGUCACUAUGAACAGAAUCAUAGUGUUAGUUACGCUGGACCGUCGGUCGAUUUCAAUCAAACUACCCAUUCCAGGAGACAGAGUGUCCGCCUUCGUGGCGCAAGAGAAGUACCAACGAUAAAAAGCUUUGAUUCCGGUUUCUCCUUUCAGUAGAUUGCUUCCGAUUCAUUUUACACGACUAAAAUUAUCCGAAAGCAAAUUAUUUCGUAAGGUAAAAUCGAUAUUUGAACAAAUACAUGUGAACAAAUCGAUAAUGUUCAACAUUCAAAAUGAAAACCUGCGACUUGAUCAAAUUAAUCGAUAUUAAUAUUAGCAAUCUUCACACAAAA